GACCUCGCGCGUCGCUCGCUCGCCAGGCCUCACCUCCACUCCACUCCACUCACGCGGUAAUUUCGUCGCCUGCAGCCUGCUCCGUCGACCGCGUAUCCCACAAGGCCGGCAGCCGCGUCCGCGCAGUCUCCCAUGCGCUAGCUCGCUGCCUUUGACUACCACGCGUUUACGCAUGGCGUCAGUGAGAGUGAGAGCGUGAGUACAAGAUCCCGCAGAUCGAGCCUUCCGUGUGCGUGUGUGCGUGCUGCGCCCAGGAGGAACCGGCCGGCCGGCGGGGAGGCAAGAACUUGCUCCGGCUAAACGAUGGCCGCGCAGGAGGGUGCGGCGGGGACGACGAACCAGGUGAUGAAGGUUCGGUACGGCGACGUCGACGACAGCAACUUCGCGCUGCACGGCCGCGCCGUGCCGCUGCUGGUCGGCCUGCUCCUCCUCCUCGUCGCCUUCGUCGCGGUCUGCCUCUACCUCCGCUGGGCGUGCACCCGCAGGCGCCUCCGCACCGCCGACCUCGAGGCCUCCUCGUUCGCCGCGGCGUCGCCAGCGCCCCCCGGACUCGACGACGACGCCAUCAAUGCGCUCCCCGUCACGCUCUACAUCCCAGAGCUUUCCACCGAGGAGGAGCAGGCCGUGGAGGCGGAGUGCUCGAUCUGCAUCAGCGCUCUGGUGGCCGGGGACAAGGUGAAGGCGCUUCCUCAGUGCGGCCACCGCUUCCACCCGGACUGCGUCGACGACUGGCUCCGUUCCCAUCCCAGCUGCCCGCUCUGCCGCACCAUUCUCCGUCCCGCCACCGUCGCCGGCAACGGAAGCCCCGACUCCCCGGUGUGAUUCAACUGUAAGCCACUCGCGCCAUUUAUGUCUGCCUUGACCGCAACAAGUUAAGCUGGCCCGUCCGGUUUAACAGGGCAAAAUGGCCAAUGUGGCUAACUGAAAGUCCUCAGUUGUCUGGUGGAGGCUCCGCCGGCCGCAAAGGCAAGGACUAGCUUUGCAAUGGCACUACGGGCGGCGUUCUUUGCACGCCGGCCGGCGUGGGGUCUGGUCACCACGCCGGACACUUUCCCAGCUUAAUUUGUUUGUUCAGGGCUCCACAAGAGAAGUAGUGUAGGCUGUACAUUGGUUAUCUCUAGUAAGUAUCUUGCGUCAUAGUAUUAGUUUGUCUUCUGACUGGAGAAGAAUGCUACGCGGUGGCAGCUCACUGGCUGUGGAACUAAUGGAAUCUCGAACUGUGGUUUAACUAGUCUGAAGAUCUCUGUGUUUGUCCCUGUCU